AGCACAACUCACUAAUCAUGGAUACCGGCUGCAGGCAACCGCGAUUCCGACUACCUACUUUUCCGCUCCCAGUUUCCGUGGCGGGUUCUCAAUAUGUCCUCCCAAUUCCCCGCCAAGAACCCUGGAGAACGGGCAAUGAUUCCAGGUGUUGCAGAGGGAUUAAAAUGGCUGGUCGCAGAAGUGAAAGGAUCGUGUGUAGCGGAUGGUUCCUGCCCGUGGAUGCAUGGGCGCCAACCAUUGAUUCACAGAGCAUUGCCCCUCAGCUCUUCGCACUCUCUUUGUUUCCUUAAAGAUUUGUAGCGGAUGGUUCCUUACAUUGGCUUCUUGUACUUCAUCACCAAAUCCAAGACUGCUCCAGGCCUUACCCUCUUCGGAUUCUACUUCUUGCUCGCCUUUGUGGGCGCUACAAUUCCAGCUGGAAUUUAUGCAAAAGUGCAGUAUGGAACUUCCUUGUCUAAUGUGGAUUGGUUGCAUGGUGGAGCUGAAUCGCUUCUCACCUUAACAAACAUAUUCAUCGUCCUGGGCUUGAGGCAAGCCCUUAGGAAAGGGAGCGAAUCAGAUAAGAAGGGCGAUUGA